GAGCAGUAUGUUAAGCAGCUGACUACAGGCUAUUUUAAUACUAAUGAUUACUCGAGCUUUUCAAGAAGGUCGAAUCAGUCCAACUGAGCUGUGCCAAAGAUGUCUGUCUUUAAUCAGGAAGACAGCCUUCCUGAAUGCCUACAUUACCGUCACUGAGGAGCUUGCCAUGCAACAGGCUACAGCAGCAGAGCAAAGGUUGCAAAGAGGCAAAUGCUUUGGUCCCUUAGAUGGGGUUCCAAUAGCUGUUAAGGAUAACUUCAGCACUGCUGGUAUUGAGACAACAUGUGCAUCAAACAUGUUAAAAGGCUACAUUCCUCCUUUUAAUGCCACAGUUGUCCAGAGGUUAAUGGAUCAAGGUGCUGUUCUUAUGGGAAAGACCAAUCUUGACGAAUUUGCAAUGGGGAGCGGGAGUAUUGAUGGCAUUUUUGGACCAGUGAGAAAUCCUUGGGGAUAUUCCGAACAGUACAGAGAACGAUUUGCUCAUGACCAGAAACUGGAAGAUUCCAAUUGGGUUAUUGCAGGCGGUAGUUCUGGAGGUAGUGCAGUAGCAGUGGCUUCACGGACAUGUUUUGUUUCUCUAGGUUCAGACACGGGUGGUUCCACACGCAAUCCUGCAGCCCACUGUGGUAUUGUGGGCUUCAAGAGUUCCUAUGGUUUGCUAUCCCGUCAUGGUCUCAUACCGUUAGUCAACUCGAUGGAUGUUCCUGGUAUUAUGACCAGGUGUGUCGAUGAUAUAAGCACGGUACUAGGUACACUUGCGGGGCAUGAUCCAAAGGACUCUACCACAAUACAGGACCCCUUUGAACCCUUUGAAUUACCUGAUGAGAUUGAUGUAAGAAAUCUGAGUGUGGGGAUCCCAAAGGAAUAUCAUGCCCCAGGAUUGUCCAGUGAAGUUCUGAAAACCUGGAUAAAGGCUGCAGACCUAUUUGAAGAUGCAGGUGCCAGAGUUGUUGAAGUCUCCCUACCUCAUACCCAAUACUCAAUUGUCUGCUACCAUGUCCUGUGCACAACAGAAGUAGCAUCAAACAUGGCACGCUUUGAUGGACUAGAAUAUGGGCACCGCAGUGAAAUCAAAAGUUCCACAGAAGCCUUGUAUGCAGCAACCAGGCAUGAAGGAUUCAAUGAUGCAGUCAGAGGAAGAAUCCUGGCCGGAAAUUACUUCCUUUUAAAACAGAAUUAUGAUCACUUCUUUGUAAAAGCCCAGAAAGUGAGACGUCUCAUUGCCAAUGACUUUCUGAAGGUAUUUGGAUCUGGUAUUGAUGUGCUGCUUACACCCACGACCCUAAGUGAUGCCUUCACGUAUCAUGAGUUUAUCAAAGAAGAUAACAGGACAAGGAGUGCCCAAGAGGAUAUUUUUACACAAUCUGUCAACCUAGCAGGUUUGCCUGCUGUGACAGUCCCGACUGCUCUAUCAGAAAGAGGAUUGCCACUGAGCAUUCAAUUUAUUGGACGAGCUUUUUGUGAUAAGCAGCUCCUAACAGUUGCCAAAUGGUUUGAACAACAAAUGAAUUUUCCACAUAUUAAUAUCCAGGGACUAUUAAAUCAUUACAAUGAGCUUCACAAACCCCACAAUUCAGUUGGAGCUAUCUGAAAUUACCAAAAGUUGAUUGCUGUACAAGUUUGAAGGUGUAAAAGUUUAAAAUGACUUUUUUCUAUAAAAAUUAAAUUCAGCUGUCAGAAAUACAGCAUGUGUUUAAUAUUGAGAUGGAAUGAGAAGCGUGUAAGUAAAACUUGUGGGGUUUUUUCUGGUGAUAGAGGGACUGAAUGUAUGUAGAUGUGAUGUCACUGAGGUGGGCUGAUUGUCCUGGAUGAUGUCUGGCUUCUUUAAUUUUGUUGAAUCUGCACUCCUCCAUUGGGGAGAAUUCCAACACACUCCUGACCUGUGCUGGCAGAUGAUGGAUAGGCUUUGGGGAGCCAAGACUCACUCACAGAUUCCUAGCUUCUUACCUGCUCUGGAAUCCAAUCCAUUCUGAAAGAUGCAGCAUUGGUUGUACCAGUUCCCUUGUAAUAUCCUAUUUUCUGGAGAAACUGGGUCAGAAGUCUGCACAAAUGACCCAAGAUUCUCUAAGGAGAUACGGUUCUGUGAACAGUUCUGAGCAGGAAGUAUCCUCUCCUCUGAAAUGAGGCACCCCCAUCUAUUCUAUCAGAACUUCUGAGAUUUGAUUUGAGAUGAACCUGCUGCAUUUUGUUCAUCUCUCCCUGUAGUAUUUGUUAGCAUUCAUUGUUCCAACAUUGUUCAUCGGAUGGAUUGCAACCAAGGCUUGUCAGACUGUUUCCUGGAAUAUGAAGAGAGGUUGGAUCAGUUCGGGCUCUAAUCAUUGGAGUUCAGAAGAAUGAUUGAUUGAUUGGUGACACCAUAGAAAGCUAUAAAAUUUUAACAGGACUAGACAGAGUAAAACAGGAAGGGUGUUCUUGAUGUCUGGGGAGACCACACCUGGCACCAUUGUUUAAGGAUGGUGGGUUAGCCAUUUAGGACUGAGAUAUUUCUUCACCCAAAGAGUGGUGAGCCUGUGAAGUUCUCUGCCAGAGAAAAAACAGUUCAGGCCAAAACAUUAAAUGUUUUCAUGAAGGAGUGAGAUAUAGUAUUUAUAAUUUAUUAACUUGGAUAGAGCAUUGGCUAACCAACAGAAAACAGCGUCAGGAUAAAUGGGUCUUUCUCUGGUUGGCAAGAUUUGACUAGUGGAGUGCCACAAUGUUCAGUCCUUGGACCCCAACUAUUUACAAUCUAUAUUAAUGAACUUGCAGGGAAAGAGACUAGAUUUGCAGAUGAUGCCAAAAUAGGUGGGAAAGUGAGUUGCAAUAAAUAAUUAGGAAAUCAGCAAUAUGGAAAUGGAUAGGUUAGGUGAAUGGGCCAAAAUUUGACAGAUGAAGUUUAAUGUGGAUAAUAGUUAGAUUAUCCAUUCUAGUCAGAAGAAAUAGAAUGACAACUUCUAAUCUAAAAGGAGAGAAACUUCAGAGUGCUUCGGUGCACAAGGAUCUGGGUGUCCUCGUGCACGAAUCACAAAAUUAUUAUGUAGGUUCAGCAGGCAAUAAGGAAGACAAAUGGAAUUUUGACAUUUAUUGCUAAAGAAAUAGAGUAUAAAAAUUGUGAAGUGUUUCUGCAACUGUACAAGGCAUUAGGGUGACCACCCCUAGAAUACAAUUCUGGUCCCCAUUACUUGAAGAGGGAUGUAGUUGCAUUGGAGGUAGUUCAGAGGAGGUUCAGUGAAUUGAUUCCAGAGGCUUGUGAAUACAGAUUGAGCAUUUUAGGCAUAUACUGUCUAGAGUUUAAAAGAAUGUGAGAGGAGAUCUAAUCAUAUAAGGUGCCUAAGGGAUUGACAGAGUAGAUGUAGGAUGUUUCCCUUGGGGAAAUGUAGUAGGAGAUUUCAUAAUUUUAGGGCAAAGGGUAGCAGAUUUGAAACCGAGAUGAGAAGUUUCUUCUCUCAAAGGGUUGUGAAUCUGUGCAGUUAUUACCCCAGAGUGUGAUGGAUGCUGGGACAUUGAGUCAACUUAAGGAGGAGUUAACAGAAUUUUAAUUAGUAAUAGUUUAAAGGGUUAUGGAGUGUAGGAAAGUGGAGUUGAGGCUGAAAUGAGAUCAGUCAUGAAUGUAUGAAUGUUGGAGCAGGCUUGAGGGGUUGAAUUACCUACUCGUGCUUCACAAGUUCUGCAGGCUAAAGGAGUUAAAGUGUAUGGGGAAUAGACAGGAACCGGAUACUGAGUUGAAUGAUUAGCUAUGAUAAUUUUGAAAAGCAGAAGAAGUGAAUGACUUAUUCUUGCUUCUUUUCUAUGUUUCUAUGUUAUACAUAUAGGAAAUAACAGCAGACGACAUAGCUUCCAUUAGGAGACGGUGUAUCACUGAACUUUUUUGUUUUGCAGUUAUUUUUACAGUCAACAUCUUUUACUUGGGAGUCUUUAAUCUUUUAAUGCUGCCUAUCUAAAGUUUUCUAUCAACUAGUUGUUUGGUUGUACAGAUUUUGAGUAUUGCUGAAAAAAGACACAUUUUAUCAAGGCUUUUCACCUUGCUCUAAUCAGCCAAUUUAACAUUCAUAAAUGUAGUUUCCAGUACAUAGAAUCUUGCCAUAUUGUGAGCCAAAAUGUAAAUUCCAACUUUAUUGUCGACAUAGUUUUUCACACAUUCAGGAUUAUGUAGCAGAUGUUGUCCAAUUGCAAAAUCACAUUUAAUUUUGAACUCUGUGAGUUUUGCAAACAAGGGCUAGUUAAGGUAUAGUCACUACUUUGCUUAUUACCACCAACCAAAAUGAUUGGCUAUUUAAUAUGAUGCAACAUGCAAAUUCAUAUUAUUUGUUUGUGUGAUAAACAGCAAGUCUUUUUGGCUCAACAAGAGCAUUUGGCUAUUGGUGAAAAGUACUGGGUGUUGCUAUUUCAUAGUAGUAGCACAAAGCAGCUGAUUUCACUUUGCUCAAACAUUUGAGAUAAGAAUUUAGGUACAGGAGUAGGCCAUUCAUGCCUAACCCUGAGGUAGAUUCAGAUCCUUUCAGGUCCAAAAGUGACAACCUUAGGCUAUUCAUAAUUUCAUGCAAUUGAUCUGAGAAUUGAUCUGAACAGGGUUGCCAUUAUUCUGCAGGAUGACUUUAACAUUUGGCAAUUCUGUAGUUAACUACCAAGCUUUGCUUUCCUAUCAGUCAUCAUUAACUAGUACCCACUUUAUGUCAACAUGACUACUAACCAGACACCACUGGCAUCUACAUUAAUACAGCAAAGAUGUUGUUCUGUCUUUGGCAUUGCACUUGUCCUGAUGAGUGCAAGAUGAUAAGCUUUAACAAAAUAUUUUUUUUUUCAAAAGUUUUAAAUAAAUGAAAUUAACUUUAAAACGCUAUCAAACCAUUUACUACUUACAUUGGUCUGUAAUCAUGGUUUCUUUGUUAACUGGGAAAAAAGUUAAAAGCUGUAAAUACGUGUAUUAGUUUUCUUGAAUUAAAAAAAAUGUAAUUUUAUAAGCUUGCUUGAAGGCCAGCAAGCAUACAUAAUUAACAGCA